GCGGCGGCGCGCAGGCCUCGCAGGGCUUUGGCGGCGCGGGCUUCGCGGGCGGCGUGUCCGGGCGCAUGGGCGAGCAGGGCGGCCUGCGCACGGGGUGGCUCGCGGCGUUUUCGACCGAGGGCUACGACGGCGAGCCGCCGCUGAUGGAGGAGCUGGGCAUGAACUUUGGGCACAUCCAGACAAAGACGCUCGCAGUGUUGAACCCGCUCAAGACAAUCGACCACCACCUCAUGGACGACUCCGACCUCGGCGGCCCGAUCCUCUUCUUCCUCCUCUUCGGAACCUUCCUGCUGUUCUCGGGCAAGGUGCACUUCGGCUACAUCUACGGCCUGGCCCUCCUGGGCUCGACCUCGCUGCACGUCAUCCUCUCGCUCAUGUCCCCCGUCGACGACCCCAACGCCCAGCCAGCCUACCCGCAGUACAACGAGCCCCAGCGGCCGUCCCAGACGCAGCAGGGCGGCCACUUCUCCACGACGCUGACCUUCCCGCGCUCCGCGUCCGUCCUCGGAUACUGCCUGCUGCCCCUGGUGGCCACCAGCCUCGUCGGCAUCGUCAUGCCCAUGGACACGCCCCUGGGCAUCGUCAUGACGACCGCGGCCAUCAUGUGGUGCACCUACAGCGCCAGCGGCAUGUUCUGUGCUGUUGGCAGGAUGCGGGGCAUGCGAGGUCUGGUAGCGUACCCCCUUGCGCUCUUCUACGUUGGCUUCGGAAUUAUGGGCAUUUUCAGCAGUCGAGGAAGCGGGAUGUUGACCACUGCGGCCUCCAAUUAAGCGAAUCAUACCUACAACAGCCGCAUUCGGUGCUAGGACAGCGAUUAACUCCAUCAUACAUCCAUACACAACCAUUCAGCAUCAGCCGAGCGGACACCGUGUCCGUGGCGGCCAGAUCAUCUAGGGGCAGAGUGAUGGUGGGCAUCACGACGGAAAGGCGUUUCUGAGCAAAGGGCAUUGACGAGGUGGACUCUUUGGGCGCAUGGACAAGGUCCAUUUGUAUUAGAUUAAUAUCGAGAAUUAACGACCAAAAACUCAUGAAC